AUGGCGAGCAAGGUCAGUGACUGGAUUGAGUUCCUCACCAGUCGCUAUGUCCACAUUCUCAUGGCUAUUUCUGGCGCCGCGCCUUCAUUGUCAUCCUCACCUUCUCCACCAGCAAACUCUCACUGCUUCAACAUAGAGAUUAGCAGUCAGCGUCAACACGUCGGGGCUUGGUAUGAGGACAUCAUCCGCGACAACCUCAAGAGCGAACUGUUGAACAAGUGCACGAAGAAGAAAUCAUCGGACGCGCGCGGCGAGAUCUGUAAGAAGAAGGCGGUAGAGUUCAGCGUCACAGAGGACAAGAUCCCUGAAGAACGUCGCAAGGACUUGCAGGCUGCUUUCAUCGAUCAAAUUGCAGAUGCAUAUAUGAUUGCCACAACGGGAAAGAACUGUUAUCUGUUCGAUCGCAAGUCGACGAUACGCCUCUUUUGCAGUAAAGUUUGUAUUGCGCAAGUCCCAAGACGGCACCCACCGGACAGACGUGGUAGAGUGAUGGCGAUGGAGAAGAGGUUGCAUCCCAUGAAGGUCAACAUCAAGUUCCAGGGGAUCACAGAUCAGGGCGUUUUCGACUGUGUCCAUGUCACAGACGCCGUGGAUAGAAACACCCGUGACAAUCACAUAGGUCCACUGAAAAACGCAAUGAGACUCCAGGAGGUGAAUGUUGUCGUUGGCUGUUUGAGUAGAGAAGUUAAGGUUAGCUGUCUGAACGAGGAGUGCAACACCGCUGUAUUCUUGCAAACGUGUCGGUCGCGCCUGCCAGACUUCACGCGUCUUGAAGGCGGGCAGGCAGGUGCGAUCGAGCUCCUCAAGGCCAACACCACCCCACCACGCCAUGACCUGAACGACUUCGACGCGAUCGCAUUGCUACAUCUUUCGCGACUCCAAUCCUAUCCAACUCUGCGCUGCUUCAAGAGCUACAAGGACCAGAUGCAAAUCGAGCCCUUCUCGCCCAAAUGUAACGUCAUCGUGGGCCGUAAUGGUUCAGGCAAGAGCAACUUCUUCGCAGCCGUACGUUUCGUGCUGGGCGACGACUAUCACUCGCUACAGCGUGAAGAGCGUCAAGCAUUGUUGCACGAGGGCUCUGGAUCCGCGGUUAUGUCGGCAUAUGUAGAGGUCAUCUUCGAUAAUUCCGAGGACCGUUUCCAGACGGGCAAGCCAGAGUUCUUCUUGCGUCGCACCAUUGGUGCAAAGAAGGACGAAUAUUCCGUCAAUCGCAAGAAUGCCACCAAAGCCGAAGUCAUGCAGAUCCUCGAGUCUGCCGGCUUCUCACGGUCGAACCCCUACUACAUUGUGCCUCAGGGCCGUGUCACUGCUCUUACCAACAUGAAGGACUCAGAGCGUCUGAAGCUUUUGAAAGAAAUCUCGGGGUCCAACGUAUACGAAACGCGCCGCGCGGACAGCAUAAGGCUCCUCGCGGAAACGGACAGCAAGUGUAGCAACAUCGAUAGCGUUGUGGCAUCGAUCAAUGAGCGCUUGGACGAGCUAGAGGGAGAGAAGGAAGAGCUAGAGGCAUGGAGCAGGAACGAUCGAGAGCGCAGGUCGCUUAUGUAUACCCUCAAGUCCCGCGAGGAGGCAGAUCUUGAGGAACUGCUCUCAAAGAUUGACCGUCUCGAGAGCGAAGGCCGCGAGAUCAAGGAGAGCAAUGAAGCAGCGUUCGUGCAGAACGAAGCCGACAUUGCGCAAAUUGACACUGAUAUCAACAAGCAGCGAGGGGAUCUCGAGCUCUUGGCUGAGGAUCGUGCACAGUCCGAGCAAGCUCGAAAGGCAGCUGCGCUACAGAAAGCGAAGAUCGAGCUCGAACUGAAGAGCUUGCAGGACAAUCAGUCGGUGUCCCAAAAGAUGAAGAAGCAGCGCGAUGCCAGCGUGAAAGCAUUACAGAAAGAGAUCGCAACACGCAAAGCUGAGCUUGAUCGGUUGGUCCCAAAAUACAACGAACAGAUGGAAGAGGAGAAGGCCCUGCGAUCACAGUUGCUAGAAGUGGAGGGCCAGUUGAAACGUCUUGAAGAGAAGCAGGGUCGCACAGUCUCGUAUACCAACAAGAAGCAGCGUGAUGAUGCAUUGCGCGCACAAAUCGCCGAGGUCAACACCAACUUGAGCCAGCGCAAGGCUGUGCUUAUGCAAACGAACGAAGAGAUAACACAACUGGAAAUCGACAUUAAUCAGUAUGAGAAACAAAUUGACGAAUUGAAGUCGUCCAUCGCAAACGAAGGGGACAGAAGCGUAGAUCUGGCAGCAAAAGUCCAGCAAGCCAAAGACGCUCAAAAGGCCAUUAAUGACGAGCAAACAAAUCUUUACCGAGAACAGAACAAGGUCAACAGAGACCUCUCGAGUGUUCAAUCCGAACUACGGACAGCAGAAAACACAUUCUCAAGAUUGCUUGAUCAUGGUACCAGCCGUGGUCUUGAGUCUCUGCGCAGAUAUCAGGCCGAGGGUCCUCUGCCAGGUGUCCAUGGUACUGUCGCCGACCUACUCGAAAUUGACGAGAGGUACCGAUCAGCGGCUGAAGCGGCAGCUGAGGGAGCGCUUUUCAACGUAGUGGUUGACAACGACACCGUAUCCAGUCGGCUCAUCGACAGACUCAUCAAAGAUAAAGGUGGACGACUGACCUUCAUUCCUCUUAACCGCAUACACGUGCCAGAUAUGCAAAUCCCCACAACAGGCGACAUGCAGCCUCUGCUUCCAAAGUUGAAGUACGAUGAUCGAUACGCAGCGGCAGUAAAGCAUGUCUUUGGUAAAAUUGUUGUUUGUCCGGAUCUGAGUGCCUGCAAAAGCAAUGCAACCAAGUACAAUGUUCGCGCCUAUACCCCUGAUGGUGAUAACGCUUCGCGGAAGGGUCAAUACCGUGGAGGGUACCAUGACCCUUCAAAGUCAAAGAUUCGCGCAUACCAAAAGGUCAGCCAAUUGCGCGCACAAUAUGAGGAAUUGCGGCAACGAAGACAAGACAUCGACAGGGACCUGGAGCGGAAACGUCAACAACUGACAGCUGCUGCUAGUGAGGUCCGAAGGCGGGAGCAUGAAAAGAAUAGGGGUGACAACAGCUAUGGACCUAUGCGAGAUGAGCUUCGUGCAAAGCAGAGAGCACUGCAGGAGACUAGAGAUGCACUUGCAAAGAAGCAAACGACGGCUUCGGAGUUACAGUCAGCUAUCAACGAACUUGGCGCACAACAGAGCGACUGGGAGGCCGAGAUUGCCUCCAAGUUUGAGAAGAAUCUCUCAAGCGACGAAGAACAGAUGCUAGUGACUCUUACAAGUACGGUGCGAGAUCUCAGGCGUCAGUAUGCACGCAGCAAGGAGGCACGCACUCUCUUGCAGUCGCAGAAAGUGGAAGCUGAACUUGAUCUCAAUGAGAACCUACAGCCCGGGCUUGACAGUCUUCUAGCCCAGCAAGGCGGACCAAGUGGCUCCACAACUCAAUCGGCCCAGUUACGCGAACAGGAGCGUGCGCUAGAAGCAGUGAAUCAGACCAUACAAGCAUUGGACGAGCAAAUCGGUGAAACGGAUGCUCAGAUCGAGGAAAUUAGAGCCAAACUAGGCGAGCUUGAGGCGUUGAGAUCAGAAAAGGAAUCAAAUAAUCGACAGUUGGCCAAGGCCAUUGAGAAGCAAGAGCUACAGAUGUCCAAGAAAGACUCUGACCGUAAUCGACAUACUGCCCGGCUUGCUGAAGUGAGGCGGGAUAUCCGGGAGAUUGGUACACUCCCGGAAGACGUCCAUCGCAAAUAUGCGCGAUGGGAUACCACAAAGGUUACCAAAGAGCUCACCAAAGCGAACCAAGCGCUGAAAAACUUUGCCCACGUGAACAAGAAGGCUUUUGAACAGUACGAGAACUUCACCAGACAACGGCGAACACUCACAGACCGUCGGGCGGAGCUCGACACAUCACGCAAAUCAAUUGAAAACCUCAUCGACGUGCUUGACCAGCGCAAGGACGAGGCCAUUGCCCGUACUUUCCGCCAAGUGGCCCAGGCCUUCCACGAGGUCUUCCAGCAGCUCGUCCCCAUCGGCCAAGGCCGCCUCAUCAUCAAUCGCAAAUCCGACCGCGACGUCCGUGGCCAGGCCUCGGACGACGAGGACAGCGAGGAAGAAACGCAAGCGAAAAAGGGCAGCAAGGUAGCCGAGUACACGGGCGUCAGCAUCGCCGUCUCCUUCAACUCCAAACACGACGAGCAGCAAAAGAUUGGCCAGCUGUCUGGCGGUCAAAAGUCGCUGUGCGCCCUCGCCCUCAUCUUUGCCAUUCAAAAGUGCGACCCGGCGCCCUUUUACCUCUUUGACGAAAUCGACGCAAAUCUCGAUGCCCAGUAUCGGACGGCGGUGGCACAGAUGCUGAAGAAGUUGAGUGGACAAGGAGGCGAGAAUCAGUCUGGCGGCGGGCAGUUUAUUUGCACGACGUUUAGGCCGGAGAUGGUGCUCGUGGCCGAUCGCUGCUAUGGUGUGAGUUACUCGAACAAGACGAGCAGCAUUGACGUGGUGGAGAGGGAAGUGGCGUUGGAUUUUGUGGACGGGAUGCAAAAGUAG